GAAGAGCACGGCACGGCAUGUGGUGAACCAAAUGGACUACGGCAACGCAGUGGGAAGACUUAUGUUUCCGGUUCAACUCACCGUACCAUAACAGUCGUUUCAGAUGGUAUCUUUAACUGCGGACACGGGGCUCAAGGCCUCUGUGGGAGUCUUCCUCCUAAGCUGCACGUUUCUUACGACCACCUACGAUACCACAUUUGUUUUUGAUCGUCCUCUCAGCUCGAUUGUGUUUGUAUGUCUACUGUCUGGAAUCUCCCUCGUUAUUCUAAGCAGAUUCUUCCACCAUAUCCCGACCCCAAAGUCUCUGUCGCAGAAGAACCGAUACUCCGUGAUACCACUCGCCGAACCUGGUGAGAGUCCGCUGGGGGAAAGACCCCUUUCGCCAGUGAGUCCCAUUGGUGGACUCCCUAUUCCAAAGUUGCGCAAGCAUGGUAAAUGGAUACGGAUCGCCGCGGUGUCGGCCAUUUGCUGUAUAAGGGUAGAGAUAUAUCGACGGGUUGCUAUCCGCAUCGAAUGCGCGCCUACAGGAUACGCACACACGAUUCCUUUCCUCGUUUCUUUGUUCGAUUACUGGCGCAACCAACGGUCUCGACCAAUUGGCCAACGGUCUUCCGACGAUGACUUCGAAGACGAGCCACCAACUGAACACUUUCACAAAAUAACUGCACUAUUCAAACGGUUAUACCUAUACUUCGGUCGAACGCGCAUAAGAUAUGUCAUCCCUGCGACUUUGCUCAUGGUUGGCGGGAUUAUUACCUCCUCCUUCCACGAUGGCAGAGAGUCGACCUACAUCUGCCCUUUCAUAUCCGGCCUAGGUCCACACUUACGAGCACUUAGGGUUUUCAGUGCGAUUCUCGAUUCGGUGAUUUUAAUUGCUGCUGCCGAAAUGUUCCGGGACGGAAUUCGGGCCCCAGAAGGGAAAAGGAAGCAGUCUCCUAUCUCAUGGGGCUAUUGCUUACUUGGAGUCGCUUUGUUUUGGUCAGUGGCUGGUAUCUGGUUGGCGAGAAGGAACCAUGUUCCCAUUCUUGAUCCUGAUACCCGUUACUUCCGGAGUGUUUUGGGACAGGCAUCACUGGUGGUAUUCUUAUUAGUAUCUGCCUCUCAUCUUCUCGCCUACUACGGCAUAGUAGGGAUCUCGAUAAUGGCAGGCUUCAUCGCUGGCUACUUUACAUGGGCCUCAGCGUUGUUCAACGGACAAGAACCGUUUCCAUUCCUUCCGCCUUCUCACGCUUUCAUAGCUCUCGCUACCAUGUUCCUGGGUGCGAUGCUAUUCCUCUGUGUGCGAACAGCUUCAGGGGAAGAACAAAAGUCACUCUGGGGAUAUAAUAUUUUUAUGCGAAUCCUGAUCUCGAUUAUGGCUGGCAUUGGACUCAUUUUGAUCUUCAAACAGCCUGCUGUUGGCAGCCUACAUCCGAUUGAUUUGCUUAUAUACGAUGGUCGAGCCCAUCAUAAAACAUGGCUUUCCCAGGCACGAGGAAGCAAAAACCUUGCCGGUGCUGUACAGGAAUAUCGCAGGCGAUAUAAUCAGCAUCCGCCACCAGGAUUCGACAAGUGGUAUGAAUACGCAACCAAGCGAUCAUCAGUUAUCAUUGACGACUUUGAUCAAAUAUACGAGGACCUCCUUCCUUUCCGCGCAUUACCGCCUGAGCGGUUGAGAUCGCUCACACAUGAGGUUGCUACAAAUCCAUUCAACGAUGUCGGCGCAAUCGCCAUCCGCAAUGGUUCUGUCAACCUGCAGGUGGAGAUCAAGCCCACGCACAGGUGGAUGGUAGAGGGUGCCGCUCAGGUCAUCGAACCGUUCUCUCAAUACCUUCCAGAUAUGGAUUUGGUCUUCAACUUGAACGACGAGCCGCGCGUGGCCGUCCCAUGGGACAAAGCUACCCAAUUGAGGAGCCAAGGAAAAUACCAGUCCUUUAUCACCGAGAGCAACCUGGUCAAGGAGUGGUCGGCCGAUCGUGAUGCGGGAUGGGGGCCUCUUGAUCCAGCCGAUCAAACAGGCUUCAGCAUGUUUACGGACUUCUCGUGGCAGAAUAUCUACGAUCGCUACGCCAGUGUCGUGUGUCCACCGUCGUCCAAAGCCCGUACUCAACGAAUCUGGGAUCGACACGGCAUAUGUUUGAGUUGCAUUCGGCCGCACUCGAUGGGUCAGUUCCCUGUGGAUUGGAAUAUUGCAUCAGACAUAUGCCAUCAGCCUGAUCUGAUAUGGCUCCAUGGCUUCAUGCUCUCGCCGGCAUCCUUGAAAGUUUCGCAGGACUUGGCACCGGUCUUCAGCCAAAGCAAGAUAUCCGGCUUCAACGAUAUCCUAUUCCCAAGCCCAUGGAACUACGUCGACAAAGUGAAAUACGAACCGUCAAAGGAGUUCCCAGACCCCGAGUACACAAACAAAGAAAACUCCCUCUUCUGGAUCGGCAGCACCUCCGAAGGAGUAAGCCGCAAAGGCGAAUGGAAAGGCAUGCCCCGCCAACGCCUAACCCACCUAGUCAACAACAACACCAACCAAGUCUCCGUCCUCCUCCCCAGCCAAGACCCUGACACCUACUCCUACCAAAUAAUGCCCAGCAACGCCCCAACCGAAAAACUCGGCCUAAGCGCCAACAUCCACCUCUCAGACGUCGUCCGCUGCGACGACUGCGGCGAGCAACUCGACGAAAUGCACACCGCCGAACACGUCGAGUUCCAAUCCCACUGGAACUACCGCUACCUAGUCGAUCUCGACGGCGCGGGCUUCAGCGGCCGCUUUCUGCCCUUUCUCCGAUCAAACAGCAUCCCUUUCAAAACCGGGCUCUUCAGGCAAUGGCUCGACUCUCGCGUUACCUCUUGGCUACACUAUGUCCCGCUUGACAUCCGGUUACACGAUGUCUGGAGUACACUGGCGUACUUUGCAGGUGUCAAUGUGAGCGUGAUAGACCCCGUAACCGGGAAGGAGAAGGUAUUAAUGGAACCGCAUGAUCUGCAGGGGAAAUGGAUUGCAGAGGAGGGGAGGAAAUGGGCGAAUAAGGCGCUGAGGAAGGAGGACAUGGAGAUUUAUUUCUUCCGGUUGUUGUUGGAGUGGGGACGGUUGACGGAUGAUAAGAGGGAUGUGCUUGGGUUUAAAAUGUGAUGAUUUACGGUUUUUUAUACGGGAUGGGUUGGUGGUUUUGAAUACCCUUUUCUUCUGGUUUAUUUUUGGUUAUUUUGGUUAUUUGUUUGCUGUUUCUUGCAGAUUUUUUAUGUGUAUAGUUGGAUGCAUA